CGAAAAUUGAAAUGCCCACCCCUAGUAAGUAGGCAGGUGGUCUUAUUUAUAUUGAAGAAGUUAUUAAUAUUGUGUGGACUGCUUAUCCUUAAGAUCGGUCAACACUCAACCAGCUUACAUUUCCGUCAAUCCGUGUAUCGAAGAUACCCAUCCCAUUUAUAUCGAACACAAACACGCCCACCCUUUAUUCUAUUCUAUCUACGUAUAUAUAUAUAUAUAUAUACAUACUCCGUAUUACAUAGCCGAGCUCCAUUCUAUUAUCUUCUCUUCUUUUUCUUUCUGCCUGCGGAUAAUAAUAAUAGCAGCCAGCCAGGUUGUGUUAAAAGUUAGAACCAACAGAAGGUGGAUAGACCUUUUCUUUGACAGUGUGUGAUCGUCUUAUGUUGAUAAUAUUCUGUGCUUGGAGCAGCUGAUGCUGCCAUCCAAUACUUGAUAUUAUGGACUCACAUAAGUUUUUUGCACACAUCAGAACUGGAGCAGAUUUAUCUUUCUCUUCAUUCCCUGCGAUUCAAUCCUUACCUAAUCCAAUAUCUUCGAUUGACUGCUUAAAGUUUAACCCGACAAGUUCUCCCAAUUCGCCUUUUACUGAUUAUAUUGAUCCCCAAACCCCUUCUGCUUUUCGUGACAGUCACGACCUCACAACCGAAAAUUUUCCACUGAACUAUAGCAGUUAUCCUCAACUGUGCAGUAGUCCCACCACUUUUCUCCAAAACUUGAACCGUAGUCAGAUGAUGAAACGUGCUCUGCUGCAGUUAGAGAGUGAUUUGAUGAGGCCUGAAGAAGGGACAAUGUCAGCUGCUGCUGCUGCUCCUCUUAAUGAUAUCAAAUGGUUACUUACGGCGUGUGCCAGAGCACUUGAUGAGAAGAAACUGUCUGAUUUUGACAGACUUGUUGACCACGCACGCGGGGUGGUGUCUAUCACAGGAAAUCCUAUCCAGCGUCUUGGUGCUUACAUGAUUGAAGGGUUAGUUGCCAGGAAAGAGGCAUCAGGUAGCAACAUUUAUAGGGCAUUGAGAUGUAAUGAGCCAACGGGAAAUGAUUUACUAUCGUACAUGCACAUCUUGUAUGAGAUAUGCCCAUAUCUGAAGUUUGGUUAUGAGGCCGCAAAUGGUGCCAUAGCUGAAGCAUGCAGAAAUGACGACCGCAUUCACAUCAUAGACUUCCAGAUUGCACAGGGGACCCAAUGGAUGACGCUCCUACAAGCACUUGCCGCAAGGCCCAGUGGGCCCCCGCACGUGCGCAUCACUGGGAUCGAUGAUCCGGUUUCUCGCCAUGCCCGGGGAGAUGGCUUGGCAGCAGUCGGGAAACGGCUCGCGGCCAUAUCUGAGAGAUUCAAGAUUCAGGUAGAGUUCCACCCCGUUCCGGUUUACGCUUCCCUAAUCACCAUUGACAUGCUUGGCGUGCGGCCGGGUGAAUCACUGGCGGUGAACUUCCCUUUACAACUCCAUCAUACACCAGACGAGAGCGUCGACGUGAAGAAUCCGAGGGACGGGCUUUUGAGGUUGGUGAAAUCGCUGUCCCCCAAGGUGGUCACGUUGGUGGAGCAGGAAUCAAACACCAAUACAGCUCCUUUUUUACCGAGGUUCAGAGAAGCUCUGGACUACUAUUCAGCCAUGUUUGAAUCGCUGGAUGUUGUCCUGGCAAGGGAUAGGAAGGAGCGUAUCAGUGUCGAGCAGCACUGCCUGGCAAGAGACUUGGUGAAUGUGAUUGCUUGCGAGGGGAAGGAGAGGGUGGAACGGCAUGAGAUGUUGGGGAAGUGGAAAUCGAGGUUCAGCAUGGCCGGGUUUCAACCGUACCCUCUCAGCUCCUACGUCAACUCAGUCCUAAAGGGCCUCCUCAAGUGUUACUCUGAGCAUUACACAAUUGUUGAGAAAGAUGGGGCUAUGCUAUUGGGAUGGAAGGAGCGAAACCUCAUCUCCACAUCUGCUUGGCACUGAGUCUGUCAUUCAUAAAACGGACUGGGAAGUUGUAAAAGCUCUGUAUCCAAGAAACGGAAGUAGGAAAGCAAAAAAAAGCAUGACUUUUAUCGGGAGUAGUCAGGUAAACGUACACAGGUGAAGUGCAUAGAAGAUAUACGAAGAAGUAUGAUGCAAUCAUGCAGAUGACGAUGUUAGUUGAAUUACGUUUUCUUUUCUUUUAAUUUUUUACUUGCUAUAUGAUACGAGUAAUUUAUUUAUGAUUUACGUUGUUGUAAAUUCUACUCACGAAUAGAUUCCACGACGUACUCCUAAGUCGUUAGGCAUUGAUUGUAAAAUAGGGGCUUUUGGAAGGAAAAAUGUAACCAAUUUAUUGUUUUUACUCUUAUUCCGAUUUGAAAUAUUCCUUUUUUA